GGCACGUGAUCGACGUUUCCUCGGGUCGGCGUUCGACCCAAUACUGCUGCAAAGUUUUUCUCAUGGCGUUCCGUCAUUACGAAGUUCCCUUCUCAAAUAUUAUUUGAAUUUCGCCCAUAUUAGAUCGGUGGAGAGAAUGAAGGGUGUUCUGGGUUCACGGAGAUGGAAAAACAGAUUCUUCCACAUCUACUUUUGCUUUAGUAUUGUUCUAUUAGCCUCUCUUACGGAAUCUCAGUCGAAAAUCACAUUCUUGGCCCAACCGCAAGAUACAGCCGUGGUACUAGGCCAAGCCGUUACUCUAAAGUGUGUCGCACAAUUCGGCGAUAGGAGAAUUCGAUACUCAUGGACUUUAGAUGGAAACAAAAUUCGGCCAACCGAUCGUGUGAUAGUAAACCAAGAUGGCAGUUUAUCGAUCAUCGCUACUCAAAAAGAGGAUGCCGGAGAAUACAUAUGCGUAGCAAAGGCGCGCAUGAAUAAAAGAAACUAUGUCGAAUCCAGUCGAGCAGCUGCUCUAGAGGUUCAAAGUAUAUGUGAAGCAGCAAAGAUUGCAAGCAGUCCAUCACAGUCACUUUUCCCAGCGGGUAUUCUCAUUCAGCUAAGGUGUAAAUGUAAUGGCAUGCCCAAGGUUACAGUUGAAUGGAAAAAAGAUGGAGUCACCAUAAUACCUAACUCGGAGAUUGUUGCUUCUGGAAAUAGACUGAACUUUGAAAACCCCAAAGUUGCAGAUUCUGGUAACUACACCUGUAUUGCUCAAAACUUCUUGGGUGUACGUGAGAGUCCUGCAUUCAAGAUGAGCGUGAUAGUGGCCUCAGUACCAGUCUUUCAAGUCAGACCAAGCGAUACUAUAGCAGUAGUUGGUGAUACCAUCACCCUUUAUUGCUCAGCUACUGGUACUCCUAAACCAGAUAUCUCUUGGUAUUUGGAGACUAGCACAGAUCCCCUCAAGAACAGUAGUAAGAUAUCAGCCAAUGCAGAUGGCUCCUUGAAGAUCUCAAACAUUGAGAAGAGUGACUUUGGGACAUACAAGUGUGUUGCAUCAAACAUCAUGGCCAAUUAUGCUGUUGAAGCAGAAGUCGGAGAGGCUUUUAUUGGUGAGAUGGUACUAGCGCCACCGACAAGAUACAUUCUGGAGAAACAGCCAUUCACCUUUGCCUGUGAUGUAAAGGGCCUGCCAAAACCUACCAUUUCCUGGUCGUUAGCUGAUGGCAAGUCCCUACCUGCUAAAUAUGACAUGAAGGGUACUGCCCUGAGGAACAACAAAACAGCUAUGGAGGACUCUGGAAACUUUACCUGUACUGCAUCAAAUACUGCUGGGAAAAAAUCUCAGACGGUCCAGAUAAUCAUAUCACAACCACCCGUACUCACUGAAGAGCCCAAAGAUAUGCAAGCAAUGGAAGGUCUCAAGGUGGUACUGAAGUGUGCUGCAAAGGGGGUUCCUCCACCAAAACUCAUCUGGCAAAGGAACCAAAUCGAUGUUGUCCAAGAUGGCAACCAUGAAAUAAACUCCAGAGGUUAUCUUGUUAUUCGCAAGGUGGCUCCCCGUGAUGGGGGGCUCUAUGAGUGUAUAGCAAGGCAUCUAGGUGGAUGGGAGGCAACAAAGACAGCGAAUGUCUCAGUUAUGGCUGCUGUUAAACUAGCUGACUACCACCAGGUCCACCACAAGUUUGACUUGGGCUCAAAGGGCAAGAUCUACUGUACAUUCAAGGGACACCCACCUGUAAAGAUUGUCUGGGCAAAAGUGGGUGGGGCUGAACUGUCUAAAAAGACCGAGAUAGAUGGCGACACCCUCAUUAUCAAGGACUUGCAGAUGUCAGAUGCAGGGAUGUACUCUUGUACUGGAAUGAAUGGCUUCAGUAAUUACACAGCAUAUGUCAAUGUGUCCGUGUUUGUGUACCCCAAAUUCGAACUCAAGCCUAAAAACACCACCGCAAUGGCAAUGGACUCCAUCUGGCUUCACUGUAAUGCGUCUGGUUACCCCAAACCAAAGAUCAGCUGGGGGAAGGAGCAACAAGGAGGGGAUAAUUUGGACAAGGAGCGGUUCAUUCAGUUCGAAAAUGGCUCUCUUCUUAUCAAGAACAUCAAGCUGGAGGACGAAGGACGGUACUACUGCAUCGCGGGGAACUUGGCGGACUUCAAGCAGAUUACAAUCUCUCUGAAGGUGGUGCGGAACAGCCCUGCGGAAGCCCUAAGCUCCACCGCGUCCAUGGGCCGUGCUAUCGGCAUCGCCGUGGGUUGUGCCGCCGCCUAUAUCGUGCUGGUCGUGGGCCUGAUGAUCUACUGCAAGGGGAGGAGGGCGAGACAACAGAAGAAGGAUCAACUAACGACUCCAGUCAACGGUGACGUGGAGAACGACGAAGAGGCUCAGGAUGACCUAGCUCUCCAGCCAAUCAACACCACGCGCACAGGCUACAACAAGAUGGAAUUCCCUCGGCACGACCUGGAGGCGCUACGCACCCUGGGUAACGGCUCAUAUGGCCGCGCGUUCCUGGCGAGGGCCAGCGGUAUAAAGGAUGGCGAGCGAGAGACGAUGGUUGUCGUGAAAUCUCUGAUCGCUAAGGAUGAUAUUGUUCGGGAGGACUUCACGCGCGAAUUGGAAUCUCUCGUUAACAUGGAGCACUCUAAUGUUGUGUCCCUCUUGGGUGUGUGCCGCGACAGUGAACCUUUCUACAUGAUCUUCGAGUGCUUUGAAAAGGGUGACCUGAAGCAAUUCCUUCUUUCCUGCAACGAUAACGGGCGCAGUACUCUGACGUCAUCUCACAAGCUGACCAUGUGCUCUAACAUUGUGUCGGGGAUGAGUUACCUCGCCGCCAACAAGUUCGUGCAUAAGGACCUUGCCGCGCGUAACUGCAUGGUGACUAAGGAUCUGCAAGUCAAGAUAGGCUUUCUUAACCUCAGCUACGAUCUGUAUAACGCCGAGUACUACCGCUUUAACAACAUCCUCAUUCCCCUGCGCUGGAUGCCCUCUGAGGCGAUCUUCCACGAUGAUUUCACGGAGAAGAGCGACGUCUGGUCAUUCGGGGUGUUAGCCUGGGAGAUCUAUUCGCUCGGCCAGAUUCCCUAUACCGACCGGUCGGAUGAGGAGGUGUUGAAGUGUGUCAAGGAUGAUCUUCGCUUGCCUAAGCCUGAUAACUGCCCGGAUAAUAUGGCGAAUGUCAUGAAGAAGUGCUGGGAACCGAAUCCCAAUGAUCGGCCAAACUUCGACAUGAUCUUCGCGGAGAUGUCGGAGGUUGCUGUUGACAGUCACGUUUGAAUCUUCUUCCCCGAAUCGACGCCGACGAGUACCAACAGAUUAUCGAUUCCAUCUUGACAAUCCUAUGGAUAUUCAUACAGGACAUACCGGCACAUUUGUGGACCAAAAGCUUUACUGAUGCUAGCAAAUAAAGAAAUUGUCCAACUUGAUCAUAAGACUGUUGGUCGAGCAAAAAAUUACAAAAGAAGUUCACGAAUCGUGUUACGAAUCUGGGCUAGUUGUGAGUACUAAGGAGUAUCCACAACAGCAUUUCUGGGCGUGCACGUGAAUAUGUACGUGAUACAGAGAUGGUGGUUGGAGUAGACCUCAAGAAUCAUUGUACGUAUAGUGUAGUAACAAAGUAAUGUACAUAUCAAGCAAUGGAGCAAUCAUUCGCCCACAUGGACAACCCAAUGUUAUCCAAGGCCACCUGACAUAUGUCAACUCCCCAAGCAGCGACGGGGGGGCUAGUGGACACGCCUAUUGAACGCUAGGGGGAUUGGUACGAAUGGAUCAUCUCACUAAAGGGACUGGGCUCUCUGUGAACAUUGGGGACUAGGACGGAGCAUCUCUUUAGCUCUAUGUUUAGGAAAUGAUGGACAAAAUGAAGUUGUUUUAGAACAAGUAAGCUUAUGCUAGCCAGCUACGCUUAAUGUUUACAAGGGAAGAUAAAGUGUGUGACCCAUUUAUGAACGGCACCGAUUUACGGACACUUACAUCGGACAUUUGAAGCAAAAUAUGCAAAAUAAGUUACUAAAUGCAAAAUAAGCUACUCAAUGUCUAGAAAACGGGUUUUAAGGGCAGCUCCUUUGCUAUCAGCACAGAGAACCUUAAUUUCACUCGCUUAAAAGAAAGGUGCAAUCCGUAAAUGGGGCCAUAUACUAUAUGUGUAAUUUAUCUUGCUUCCUGUAUUGUUUUUCACUGUCUCCUGAAGGCUUGACGGUGUGGCAGGCAUGAAUACACAAGAAGCCUGGGCGUCUACCACCCAGCGUAUUCGUACGUACGAAUUCUGAGCGAUGGCAGUUGUGUAAUAUUGCCAACAGCCACACCCGCCACAAUUGCAAAUAAAUCUGCUUUGAUACCUA